AUGAAUAUUGAUCUCUUUCAAGUAGAAUCUCAAUCAUUCAUUGAAUCAUUUAUCUCAUCAAUUACAAAUACAUUUAUACGUUCAAUUCGACUUGUACAGGAUACUACUCAAGGUAAUGCUCUUUUGUCAAUGGCGACAGAACUCAACACAAGUGCACUUGAUCGAACUUUACCAAGUCGUUUUGAACCAGAUUCAGCAAUUGGUAGCAUCGUCGCACGAUUAAUGGUGGAAGAAUGGAUGAAUAUAACAUCACACAAGGCUUAUUAUGAUCGAUGUCAACCAAUCGCAUGCACUUAUUCAUAUGUAAACAAAAAUAUAUGGCUUGUUGUGAUCAGCACUACUAUUGGAUUGAUCGGAGGUCUAACAACCAUUUUGAAAAUUAUUGUACCUCUUGUUAUUAAAUUGCUCUGUUAUUGCUGUUACAAUCGG